AUAUAACAAGUCACGCAUUUCGCCAUAAUCUCUAUGGUAUUGAUAUAAAUCUAAGUGUUCCAAGCCACUCUCUUAAAGUAAUACUGUCGGGUCCUUCCAUAAAACAUAACAAAGAAGUCUCCUACUGGUUCUGGUAGAUUAUCUAAGACGAUGGUUAGAACUCAUCUAAAUACUCAAAAAUCAAAAAAUAGAUCAGAAACCAUAGAUGUAGUCAUUAGACCUAAAGAUUCUAUACCAGAUGAAACUAAUUCAUUUAGAUAAAAGAUAAUUAAUUAGAGAGUAAUUGUAUUUAACACUUUCAAUCGCAUCAUCAGUGUUGAUCGUUCUGGUAUCAGAAUGCAUAGAGCUUAACUAUUGAGACAUUUAAGAGAAUUCUAUAGUCAAAUCAUUGUUGAAUAAAUUAACAAAGUACUUAAACUACCUGAUAAUUUAACACUUUAGAUGUAUGAAUAACUCGUUACCUCAUUAUCACAAUUGGAUAGACAAUAAUACUUAAAUUUAUGUUUUUAGAUAUAUGAUCUAUCAGCAUAAGGUGUUAUUACUAGUACAAAUUUACUAUCAAUACUAUCAGUAGAGAAAAAUACUUCAAUAAUAGAGAAUGAUAUUUUAACAAUGAUUAAGUUUAGAUAAGGUCUACUUAUGUCAUAAUUAGAUAAAAGUGAAUCAUCAAGAUUACCUAAGCUAAGAACCAUCGUAAUAAAUCACAAAAGAACUUAAAAAGGGAAACGAAUGAUGAUCUCUUAAUUCGAAGAUGAAAUAGAUCAUAUUGUAGUACAUCCAAUAAAUAGGCUAAAACUGAUUGAUAGAAAUCAGUUUAAUAAGAUUUGGAAUGAUCAGAUUCCUGGAAUAAUAUAAGACAUCUUCAAAAACUUGAAUGAUUAUUAUUAUUAAUGAG